CACCCGGACAGCUAGCAGCGCUUCAACAGACACAGCUUGAUAUGUGGGAUUUGAAAUGUUUAAUUAUGCCUCCAUACACACUUUACAAGCGACGUAGACCUUCUUACACGCUGUAAUCAGGCCUCAUACUGGGUUGUAGUCGUCACCGUGCCUCCUGGUGCCGCUAACCGGACUGGUGUGGCCGCUCGGCUCAACUUAUAACCAGGGAUGGCGGAGGAGCUGGGCAGGGAGGACCUGGUCUCGGAGUACCUGGACCAGAACCCCGGGCUGGCCCAGUGGGUGGACACCUUCAGAGUUUACUGCGAGAGCGGCAAGCAGUGGACCGCCCGGAGGGAGUUCAUCCUGAGGAACAUGGAGGCUUUCCCCACCGUGAAGCCGGGGCUCGCCCACAGCAGCAGCCUGGACCGGCUGCUCUCACUCUCCAUGGUCUGGGCCAACCACGUUUUUCUGGGAUGCAGCUAUCCACAGGCCGUCAUGGACAAGAUCAAGGAGAUGGGCGAGGGGAUAGUCGUCCCUGAUGCUCCUGUUCACAGAACAACGAGAGACGAGGCCAUGGCCAAGGGGAAGCGCAGCGCCACAACUGAGGCCGACGCUGACGGCUGUGUGAAAAGAGCCAAAUGCGGGUCUAAUGAGCUGAAGAAAUCAGGACCUCGUCCUCAGGCUCCAGCAGAGCACCAGCCCUUCUUCAACCGCCUCUACAAGGCCGUGGCGUGGAAGCUGGUGUCGGCGGGGGGCUUCGGUCCCAACCUGGACCAUUUUGAGAUUCUGCGGAGCUGCGUGGAGUCGUGCAAACAGACCCUGACGUGCGUGUUCGUCCCCCUGAAGGACAUCGCGGGCCUCCCCGCGGCCCGCACGCAGAAGGAAGGCCACGUGUGUGAGAUCCGCUGUCAGGCCGUGUACUUGGGCACGGGGUACGGGCGCGACGAGGCCGCCGCCAAGGCCAUGGCUUCCAAGGAAGCUCUGAAAGUCUUUCAGGGGCGAAAAGUGACAGUGAAAAUCGGCAGGAGGAGGUUCAAGGGCAAAGACGUGGAGGAUUUGAUGCUAUUGGAUGAACAGCCUCGGACUCAGGGCUUUCCUCCCGCACUCAGCUACCCUUUUCAGGACGAGCAGCUGGAAGGCGGCUGUUAGUAGAGUCAAUGGUGUUUGGACCCACUGGAGGCAUUCAUAAGUGGGUCGGGACCAGACUGUCAUGUAGCUGCCCAUCACAGCUGAGAACGAGAAUCUGAAAAGCAUUUCAUCUGUCAAUCAGAGAAACCGAGAAAAAGUCCUCUUCAUCACACGUCCCAUUUCAUUUUCACCGACUUUAAGUUUAACAGACUUCAUAUCAACAUCAAAUAACCUUGAAGCAGCGUUGUUUAAACAUCGACAAACCAGUUAAAGGCUGUACUGCAAAGCAGAACGGUUAACAAUUUUAGUGGAAGUUGAAAUGAACACAGAGAACAUACUAAUCCUCACAGAACGGAAGAGGAGUUUUGGCCACUAACUUGUUUUAAAAAAAAGCGUAGACAUACUGUAGUUCUCCUCUUUGUUCAUUGCUGCUUCCUGUGGUUUAAUCCAGACGACUUAGCGUGUGUACUUUGGGAUUUCUUAUUUUCUUCUUCUUCGUUAGAGUCUAACCGAUGACUCUGGGGUGAGUUGAGUCACAUGAAGUCAACAAAUAACUAGUUUUUUUUCCAGUUUUACGGGCAGCCGGAGGCAGAGUUAAUGCAGCAGCAGCAGUUUUACCUAAUGCAAAUUGCUUGUCUUUUAGAUGUGCCAAUUGAGAACAUGAAGAACGCUUUGAGGAAUAUUAUUUAUUUUCCCCCAAUAAUAAAUACAUUGAUAUCAUUUUAUCGCUCGUUGUCAUGAACCCUUAAAUCAGAGGGCUGUUUCUUGUCUCCUUCCCCGACGACCUGCAGCAUUUCAGGUGCCAUUCGGGGCCAGCUUCGUUUACUUUUUAUUUUAUUAACCUAAAUAAGUAAGCAUUUCUAAGUUCAUCAAACGUGGUAAGCGUGGUUUUGUGGAGGUUUCUUCAGAUGAAUCUGAACGGUGAUGUAAAACAAAGACUGCAUACGUUGUGGCUCUUUUUCUUCUUUUUUCUUUUUUUUCCCCGCUAAAUUCUGCUUUUUCUUUCUCAAGUUUCUUUCUCAAGUUACCAACUACAGUAACUAUCUUACUGUACAGAGAAGAAGUGCGCUUUUGCUUCAUUUAAAAAAAAUUGAUUUAAAAAGACAAACACCAAAUGUUCAUGUGGUUUAAUGUUGAUAAAGGUUUCUAAUUUUAAACCUGCGGUGUGGUCAGUUAUGUGUUUGAGGGUCAAGUGCCGCUGUGACGUGUGACUUGUCUUUGUUUUUUUCCAGUCCGGGUUGAUUUUUGGAAGAGGUUGUAAUCUGCGCUGUUUCUUGUUCAUGGAUAUUUCCACCAGUGCUCCUGUUUCUAUAUAUUUUUAAAAUAAAGUUUAACUAAGUAAAGUGUUUGUGGCUUCUACCUGCAGCGCCAGAAUCUUAUACUUGAAGUGGUUUUCUUUUUGAUUGCUAUGUUGCUUUUAGAGAUGUUUUUUUUUUUUCUUAUUUUAGUUGAGUUGCUGAUGUAAAACUCCAGAUGACCGAUAUUGAUUCUGAUAUCAAAGCUGUUGUCAAGUUUAAUAUUACCAAUAAAAGCGCAGAAAAUCUAAA